AUGUCGGGUGGAGGUGACUUCACGGAGAUGGCGGGAAAGGCGAUCAAGGAUGGCGUUCGCUUGGCUCGGGAGAGGGGUCAUCUCCAACUAGACCCGGCUCAUGUCUUCAGCAUCCUCGUGAAAGAGCGGAGCAGCCUUCCAGCACAAGUGCUCUCCCGCUUGAAUGGCGACAGCCAAGAGGUGGUGAAGGGCUGCGACAGGCUUCUGGGCAGCUUCAGUUCGCAAAGCCCAGCGCCAGAGGAGAUCUCUCCCAACAACGCCAUGCGUGGGGUCCUUGCCGAAGCAGAGCGCCUGAGGACGGCCGGCGGAGAUAGCUAUCUCAGCUUGCCCGACCUCUUCCUCGCGCUGCUGAAGCAGAAGUCCUUGAAAGAGGUCUUGUCCUCGGCAGGCUACAGCAUCUCGGCGGUGGAGAAGGCCAUACAGGAAGUCCGAGGAUCACGGAAAGUGGACAGCCAAACUGCCGAUGAGAACUUCGAGGCGUUGUCGAAGUACGGAAGGGACCUCGUGGCCGAUGCGGAGAACGGCAAGCUCGACCCGGUCAUCGGCCGCGAUGACGAGAUCCGGCGGGUGGUGCAGGUUCUAGCCCGCAGGACCAAGAACAACCCCAUCUUGGUUGGAGAUCCAGGUGUUGGAAAGACAGCCAUUGCAGAGGGUUUGGCACAACGUGUGGUGGUUGGGGACGUUCCGGAAGCGCUGAAGGACUGCCGCAUCAUCGCACUUGAUGUGGGUGCGCUGAUCAGCGGUGCCAAGUACCGAGGCGAAUUCGAAGAGAGGCUAAAGGCUGUGCUCCAGGAGGUGAAGGAUGCAGAGGGACGGGUUGUGCUUUUCAUCGAUGAAGCCCACCUGCUGAUAGGUGCAGGAAAGACAGACGGGGCCAUGGAUGCUGCAAACCUCUUGAAGCCGAUGUUGGCUCGUGGCGAGCUCCGGUGUAUCGGGGCCACGACAGUGGACGAGUACCGAAAAUACAUCGAGAAGGAUGCUGCCUUGGAGAGACGCUUCCAGCAGGUCCACGUGGAAGAGCCGUCGGUGCAGACUGCCAUCACCAUCCUUCGGGGCUUGAAAGAUAGGUAUGCAGCGCACCACGGCGUGAGCAUCCAGGAUGCAUCCCUCGUCGCUGCUGCGACUUUGUCCAGUCGCUACAUCACUUCACGAUUUCUUCCCGACAAGGCCGUGGAUCUUCUUGAUGAAGCUUGCUCCAAGAUCCGUGUGCAGCUGAGCUCUCAACCCGAGGCCAUCGAUAGCCUGGAGCGCCGGCGACAGUACCUCGAAGUAGAGGUUAAAGCGCUGAGCAAGGAGAAAGAUCAGGGCUCCAAGACACGGCUAGCAGAGGCACGGAAGGAGCUAUCCAGCGUCUCUGAGCAGCUUGCUCCGCUGCGGGCGCGUUACCAGCAGGAGCGAGAGCUCAUCGAUGACUUGCGCAAGGCGAAGCAGAAGCUGCAGGAUCUGAAGAGGAAGCUGGAGGUCAUGGAGGCACGCCACGAUGUCGACGCCGCCGCAGAUCUCCGCUAUGAUGCCAUCCCAGGGGUGCAGCAACGCAUCCGCGAGCUCGAGGCAAAGAAGAAAGAGCAGGAGGAUGCGACAGAGAGCCCACUGCUAGUGGAGACCGUGACACCCGGCCAUAUCGCCGAGGUCGUUUCGCGCUGGACAGGCAUUCCGGUAUCCAAACUUUCACAGGGGGAGAAGACCCGGCUGCUGAGUCUGGAGGGGGAGCUGAGGAAGCGAGUCAUCGGACAGGAGGAGGCGGCUGCCGCUGUGGCCCGCGCCGUGCUGCGCAGCGCCGCCGGCCUCGCGCGUCGAAACCAGCCCACGGGCUCCUUUCUCUUUGCCGGGCCUACGGGCGUGGGAAAGACGGAGCUGGCAAAGGCUCUCGCCGCAGAGCUCUUUGACAGCGAGGCGCGGAUGAUCAGAUUCGACAUGUCCGAGUACAUGGAGCAGCAUGCGGUCUCGAGGCUCAUCGGUGCCCCUCCGGGUUACGUGGGACAUGAAGCUGGUGGCCAGCUAACUGAGGCUCUGCGCCGGCAUCCCUACAGUGUGGUCCUUUUCGAUGAGAUGGAGAAAGCUCACCCACAAGUUCUCAACGUACUCCUGCAGUUGCUCGACGAUGGCCGGAUCACCGACAGCCACGGCAGGACGGUGGACUGCACGAACUGCGUCGUGAUCAUGACUAGCAACCUCGGUUCUGAGCACCUCAUGGCUAUGGCCGCAGAUGCUGGCAGGCACGGACCUGCCCUGGAGAAGGCACGCUCCAUGGUGCUGCAGACCAUCAGGCGAUCCCUGAGACCAGAGCUCUUGAAUCGCCUGGACGAUGUCAUUGUCUUCAGCCCUCUCAACGGCGACGUUCUCCGCCAGGUUGUGCGACUGCAGCUCGCCGACGUGGUCCGCAGGUUAGACGAGCUGGAGGUUACCAUGCACAUCACCGACGCAGCAGUGGACCGAGUGUUGAAGGCAGCUCACGACCCAGAAAUGGGUGCCCGGCCAUUGAAGCGCUACAUGGAGCGGCAUCUGGUUUCACGUCUCAGCACCCUAGUCCUGGAAGACAAGCUGCCAGCUGGAAGUUCCGUCACCAUCGACUGGAAGGCCACUGGUGGCAGAGGCGAUUGGGACUUUGAUGUGGCGAUGGUUGCGAUUUUCAACACCGGAGAAAGGGCUGCAGAUCUUGUUCUUCUCUCGCCGCGGAACAAGAGCACCAUGCUGUAUGCGAUCGCGGAGAUGCCCCAGGAGUUUCGACCUGCGGCACAGUUUCUGCUGCGCCAGCGUGAUCGCAAAAUGAGGGUGCGAGUGCUCCAGCACUUCCAGCCAGUCGCGGAUGCUGAUGCCGAGGAGAUGCGGGUUUCGAAGACAACGAACUCUACGAAGCUCGGAUCCGCAAUUAUGAGCAAGUUUGUGGACGUCGCCGGCAACAAUUUGAAGCGAACGGUCAAGCUUGAGUUCCAGGGGGCAUUCACGGCUUCCAUUGCCAUGGAAGCCAUCGAGAAGGUGGCCCCUGGUGGGGUUAUCAUUCGGCAACCACGGGCCAGGCUACGAUAG